ACAAUUUCGCAUGCUUUUGGUAUAUUUCAUUACAAAAUGGUUGGUGUAAACAUUAAAGUUAGCGGAUCGAGUUCUGCUAAACCUAACCCUAAAAAAAAGGAAAACACUACAGAAUCUGCUUUUGAUUUGGAACAACAUUUCAUUUUGAGACUGCCGGCGGGUCCUGCUGCUGCACUUCGUCAAGAUGUUCAAACAGGGGCCGUUUCUUUGAAAGACAAAUUGAGUAUUGAAGUUCAAAAUGAUCUUCGACAUGGUAUAGUGCGUUAUGGUAGUGAAGUAUUCUCUGCUAAGUUGAUGGAUUCACCAUGUAUGAUGGAAACCCUGAAGACUGUGGACAGGAAGACAUUUUACAAAAUAGCUGAUGUUAUGCAAUUGCUGAUUUGUUCUUAUGAGGAUGAUACAAGCCAAGAUGAAAAUGAAAGUCCACGGAAAAAAGACAAAGACAAGAAAUACCACUACCCACAUGGAAUUUGUCCAUCUUUAAAGAAUGUUAGAAAAAGACGAUUCCGGAAAACGUUAAAAAAGAAGUACACAGAACAACCGGAUAUUGAAAAAGAAGUAAAACGACUUUUUAGGAUGGAUGCUGAAGCUAUUGAUGUGAAGUGGGAAGUCUUAACUGAAGAAGAGAAAACGCUCUCAGAGAGCAACAGUCAAAACCAAAUUGUGGAGGCUAGUGGCACCGCAGUGCAAGCUGAAGACAACAUCUAUACUGCUGAUUCCAGUAUUAGUUUGGAUAUUGAACAAGUUUUUGGUGAACUUAGCAGUUCCGAUGAUGAAGACAAAGAUGUAAACAUAAUGGACAGCGGUGAAGAUGAAGCAGCAAUUAUGUCCAGAGGAGCAGAAGCUGCCCAGCAGCUUAUUGAUGGUCUGAGUCAGUCUGUCGGCAAUGAGCAAGAAUCUGUCUUACUUUCUACCAACGACACAGAAGGAGGAUGUGACGAUUUCUCUCUUCUGGACUUUACCAAUUGAUAGGUGAAUGAAAAAUUGUUUUGUCAUAUCAACAACGACAUUAACCACUGACUAUCAUCCACAAUUCAUCUAUGAUGAAAGAACUGUGAAGACUUCAUUCUUCAUACUAGAACCAUUUCCAGUAUCUUUCAAACUAUGUUCAGCUUUCAUUUAGUGGAGACUAUUUCUUGUAAAUUUUGAUUUAUUUACAAUACUUGUGGUAGCAUUCCAGCAUGAAUGCUUGAACCAUGUAAAUGAUUAAAUAAUCAGAUGAGUUGUCUUGAUUGUUUUUGAAGUCAGAUAAUUUUAGUCUGGUUUUUCUUCAUGUCCAACACUUAGAGAUGAACAGUCAAUUACUUUUGUAAUUGUUAUAAAAUAACAAGCAAUCAAUAUUUAACAUUGAUAAAAUAAGUACCAGUUGAACACUAGGGUUGGUGUAAUCAACUUACCUUGUGUUCCCCUUACCCCGAAAUUGCUGGCCUUGUGCCAAAAUUUGAAACUUUUAUUUAACAUUGAUUUUUUAAAAAUCUUAAUUUGUCUGUAACAAAUUCAAAAAUUCAUAUAAAAGAUGUGCACCUAUAAA